GUUCAUCAAACAGCAGUUCCUCUUACCUCGUUCGUACGACGCGAUGUCCCGCUUCGAUCCAACCACGCGCACAUGGGUCGGUCCUCGGCAACCUCCGGUCAUCAAUCCGGCUGCCAGUCUCGGUCAAGUGAUCGUGAACAUUCUUGAGCGUACGCCCGACCGAGUGUUCGAAAUAGAUGUCGAAUCGGAGGUCGCGUACACCUGUGAUGAGCUGAGAAUUCGAUCGAUUCGGGCAGCUCUCAAUUUAGCCAAGAAGUGCGGUGUUUCACAAGGUGAUAUGAUCUGUAUGGUAGUGAGUAACAGUUGCAGUGUAACACCGCUGCUGUUCGGUUGUUUCCUGCUAGGAGCGCCGGUACACACGCUGGAUGCUUCCUUCGAUGAAUCCGAUCUCCGGCAGCUGAUGAGUCUCACCCAACCGAAGCUGGUAUUUUGCAACCAACACAACCGGGCGGUGGUUGAGGCAGCUUGCUCUCAGGCGAAUUUAAACGCGCGGGUGAUGGUGCUGGACACAGCGGAAGUGACUGGAAUGCUGUUUGAACCAGUUGAAAAUGAGAAACUCUAUCGCCCGGCAUACCUUGGCGAUUCGGACAGAACCAUCGCAGUGGUUGUGUGCUCAUCGGGAACAACCGGCUUCCCGAAAGCGGUUUGUCUAACGCACGCCCAGCUCAUAGCACCCUAUCCCCGGGUAAGCCAUCUCGGCUCGGAUACCUUGCUAUGCUUCAGCUCGCUCUACUGGGUGUCGGCGCUUCAGGUCCUAAUGAUUGCACUUUUCAACGGGGGUAAACGCAUUGUAACCGUUCAGCCCUUCUCCCCGGUCUAUGCGUACGAGUUGAUAGAGCGAUUCAAAAUUACGUACUUAUUCACGCCGCCACCCAUGCUGGCGGACAUGGUUGAGUACUGUGAGGCGCGUCGAUGUGUGCUUCCAUCCUCGCUGAGGAUAAUUGGCUGCGGCGGGAGUCCACUUCCGGAGUCGCUCGAGCAACGCGCAAAUGAACUGCUGAAGACGGCGACUGCCGGCGGGAAAGUGUACGUCGGCUACGCGAUGAGUGAAACCGGUGGAAUCGUUUCCAUCAAUCUGUCCGGGAAGCCCCGCUCGGUUGGGAUGUUGAUGGCGAAUGUUACCGUCAGGAUCGUCAACGAAGAGGGCGACUUCCUGGGCGCUGAACAGGAAGGCGAAUUACAGGUGCGCUACAUUCACCCCUUCGCCGGAUACUACGGAAACGAGCAGGAAACGCGCGCCCUUCUCACCGCGGACGGAUUUAUCCAGACCGGCGACAUCGGCUACUUCGACAAGGUCGGCUUCCUGUACAUCACCGAUCGCAAGAAGGAAAUGCUCCGCUACCAGGGCUACCAGAUAGCACCUGCCCAGCUGGAGGCAGUGCUGAUGGAACUGGCGGAUGUCAGCCAGGCAGUGGUUGUUGAGUUGCCCCAUCCAAAACCGCCCCACGUAGAUUUGGCGAGCGCGCUAGUUGUUAGAACCUUGAAUGCUGCGGCUCCGCCGCUGACAGAGCAGCAACUUCUGGAUUACGUCAACGGUAGGGUGCCUGAUUACAAACAACUCCGAGGCGGGAUAUUCUUCGUGGAUUCUAUACCCCGAUUACCCAACGGAAAGAUCAAUCGACGCGAUGCGAAAAAACUCGCUCUGAGGCUUUCUCAAAUCAACCAUUGAUUUAGACUGGCUUUUCCGUUUUAAUUUUUCCUGUCAUGUUUCUAUAAUGUUCCUCUAUGUUGUGUAUGAUUAUAAACUAUGUAACAAUUGAUUUUCUGAACUAUUGUCUAGGAAUAGAUUCAUAUCUUUUUACCACCCUUCCAAUGAUUUGAUUGCUAGGUUAAAGGAGAAUAACAAAUUUGUUUGCGAAUGCCAUAGUUAGAGAGAUAGGAAGAGAUUUAAUGAUUUAGAGUACUGUGUAGAACUAAAAAAGUCCAAAUAAAAGAGUAAAUAAAAAUAAAUAUUUUUCCUAUCAAUUUGUCUACCUCCGAUUAGAGUAAAAUUGUUUAUAUAAAGUCUUCUUGGUAGACUUUGCACGAAUUGCAAAAUAAAACAGAACAAUAGACAAUUGUGAUUCUCUACUCUACCUAUAUGUUGUGUAUAUAUAAAUAAUCACUUUUAAUAGCUGUAUCGUGAAGCGCACUCAUGUGGUUGCCGCUAAUAAAAGUAUUCGAUAAAAAUAUUUCUCGCACUCUGCCUCCGGGGGAUGCAAGGGAAAACAGGAUAAACGCGCGCACGCGCCAAACAUACGACUUUCACACACGACUUGGUCACAACGAUGUGGUAUUUCCCGAGCAGCUAGUAUCCACCCCUUAAGUUUGGUUGUUUGUUUCUUGUCAUAAUUGUUCAUAUAGAUCUAAUAAUUGUCUCUAUAAACUGUGGUUAUCCUUACUAGUUGUAGGUUCUUUACCUUUUUUGUUUCGAUCCUUAUUGCUCUAUAUGUAUAAUAUGUAUAUACGUUAUAAUAAUACCAUCUUUUUAUCGUUCUGUCUAGGUACGACAAACGUGUCCCGUUUGUUGUUGGUUUUUUUUUGUUUACUUGCUUGUUCGCUUACUACUUACUACUAAACUAGAUGCUGCUGCUUGUUUUUGUACACUUUCUCGCUUUCGCCUUCUUUUCACACGAUUGCCCGACCAAUUUAACGCAUGCCGUCUUUCCUUAAAUGUGAUCCUAUCCUUCCCAAUGGACCUCGAAUAGUCACGUUUUACGUCUUAGAACAAUCCGAUGAUUCAUUAUCUUCAUUGUUUUUUUUUUGUUUGAACGGUCAAAUUAAAUCAUGGAAUGAUGCAUUUCUUGGUAUAACUUUAGCAUUUUUUUCUCUCUAGUCUAGCGAAUUCGUUUUGGUGUCAAGAUUUGCGGAUACAGUAAAUAAUAGAUUGUGAAACUAGUUGAAUAUGUUUUGAGUCUGCGCAUUUACUUGUAUUGUUCAGAAGCAAUUUUCCUAUGUUAUGUUGCGCGGUUUUGUUGCCGCCAUUAAUGGUUCGUUGCGCUGUCAGCGCAAUUGAAUAUGCGCAUAGUAAGCCAUAUCAGAGUCGAACUGUUUUUUUGUUUCGUUAAAAUAGACGAACUUUGAAGUCUGUAAAUUGCCAUUACCAAUUGCGGGGAAAAGAAUCUCGUUUUAUAUGCAUUUUUGUUUUAAGGUAGAUGAUUUUGGUUUGUCCAGUCGAAAAUAUGAUCAUGGUUUGUCCACUUUUUUGAAUGCUCUAAUUCCGCGCACCUGUGUCAAAUCAGGUAUUCGAAUGUUUCAAA